GAUUCUUGACCCGAACCGAACGGUGGCGGUGCAGCUGACUUGGGGGAACGUCGCUUCCCACCCGCACACCUCGUAUAAAUUCAGUCAAUUCACAGUCUGUCACCUUCAGAACUCGUACUCUUGAUCCAGAUAACAUAUAUCUCUCUCCCUUUUUCCGAGCAAGACAGAAUACAAAUUCUCUGUCACGGCAGAGAUACAAUCCGACUGGUAAUUGCUUUCACUCAAUUUUUUUUGUAAAUGCUUCUAAGGUGUGUAGGAGUUUCUCUUUUUUUGUUUAAGAUUCAGAUCCGGGUGUGGGUUGUCGUUGGUUUGAAGCUUUCUCUUCGGUUGAGGAUGCUUUCCUUGUUUUUGAAGGGUAUCAGAAAAUUUUGACUUGCAAAGAAUGGCUCAGUCCAAUGGAGAUCACAGCUCUGCAGCUAAGCCACCACCAACUCCUUCUCCCUUGAGAUUCUCCAAGUUCUUUCAGUCCAACAUGAGGAUUUUGGUUACUGGAGGAGCCGGAUUCAUUGGCUCCCACCUUGUUGACAAGUUGAUGGAGAACGAAAAGAAUGAGGUGAUUGUUGCUGACAAUUACUUCACCGGCUCAAAGGACAACCUUAAAAAGUGGAUUGGUCAUCCGAGAUUUGAGCUAAUCCGUCAUGAUGUGACUGAACCUUUACUGGUUGAAGUUGAUCAAAUAUACCACCUUGCCUGCCCAGCUUCUCCCAUUUUCUACAAGUACAACCCUGUAAAGACCAUUAAGACAAAUGUGAUUGGUACACUGAACAUGUUGGGGCUUGCCAAGAGAGUUGGAGCUAGGAUUCUGUUGACCUCAACCUCUGAGGUUUAUGGUGAUCCCCUAAUUCAUCCGCAAGAAGAGAGCUACUGGGGAAAUGUCAACCCCAUUGGAGUCAGGAGUUGCUAUGAUGAGGGCAAGCGAGUGGCAGAAACUUUGAUGUUCGACUAUCACAGGCAGCACGGAAUUGAGAUCAGAAUUGCCAGAAUCUUCAACACUUAUGGACCUCGUAUGAACAUUGAUGAUGGUCGUGUUGUCAGCAACUUCAUUGCCCAGGCUCUUCGCAACGAGCCCUUGACUGUUCAAGCACCCGGAACACAAACCAGAAGCUUCUGUUAUGUCUCCGAUAUGGUUGAUGGUCUUAUCAAGCUAAUGGAGGGAGAAAACACUGGACCAAUCAACAUUGGAAACCCAGGUGAAUUCACCAUGAUUGAGCUUGCUGAGAAUGUCAAGGAGGUUAGUUCAAUCAAAAGCCCUUUUACCAGUCCUGCUCUCCAAACACUUUAAAUGGGCUUGUAUUCACAAGUUCAUUCAUCCUGUGUCAUGUAGCUCAUCAAUCCUAAGGUGGAGAUAAAAAUGGUGGAGAACACGCCUGACGAUCCUCGCCAGAGGAAGCCGGACAUCUCAAAAGCUAGGGAAUUGCUGAAAUGGGAGCCCAAGAUCAAGCUGAAGGACGGGCUUCCACUAAUGGAGGAAGAUUUCAGGUUGAGACUUGGUGUCCCCAGAAACAACUGAUUGAGAGAACCAAACGAGGCUUAUGCCUGCUGCUGCGUUGGAUGGAACUUCGUUUUCCUUUUCUUUUUUCAUUUCAAUAUAAUAUUACAUGUUACUAUGAUUUGUUCAAAGCUAUAGUAGUUCAUACCGUGCUGCAAGUGUCUUUUGAUGCUUUUGUUUAAUCUCUGUAUGGUAUUAUCAUAAGUUGAUCAUAAAUCGAAAAUUAUUGAGUUCUCUUUGUC